AUGGAAGAAGAAUCCAAUAUUAUUAUUGUCAAAACUUAUAGAAAAAAACCUCCGUUGUCAUUUUUCCUUUCUCCGGAUAAUUUCCUAACUCCUCCUCAUCAUGAUCAUUAUCUGCAAAUUCUUUUUCUUCCUCCUCCUCCUGCUCCUCCUCCUCCUCCUCUCCCUCCUACUUCUUCUAUAUUAUCAUCAGCCUCUUUCUACCGGAGUGUAAACCGGACAAUAGACCAACCUAUCUGCUCCUAUUGUUUUACUCGUUAUCUUUAUUCUUUUCUAUUAUCAUCAUCAUCAUCAUCUGCUUCUUCUUCUUCCUCCUCCUCCUCCUCCUCCUUCUCCUCUUUCUUCUUCCUCCUCUCCUCCUCUUUCUUCUUCUUCUUCCUCCUCUCCUCCUCCUCCUUCUUCUUUUUCUCCCUCUCCUCCUCAUCCUUCUUCUUCCCACUCUCCUCCUCCUCCUUCUUCUUCUUCCCCCUCUCCUCCUCCUGCUCCUUCUUCUUCUUCUUCCCCUUCUUCUUCCCCCUCUCCUCCUCCUCCUCCUUCUUCUUCUUCCCCCUCUCCUCCUCCUCCUUCUUCUUGUUCUUCCCCUCUCCUCCUCCUUCUUCUUCUCCCCUCUCCUCCUCCUCCUUCUUCUUCUUCCUCCUCUCCUUCUCCUCCUCCUUCUUCUUCUAG